AUGCCGACCUUCACCAGCAUCGCCUUGGAAAACCUACUCGAACAUGGAGUUCGAGAUACUCACAAGAAGCCCUCUCAUGGGGACCGCGACGAGUCCGACCUGGUGAAAGCGGGUCCGAAACACCUGUACAUAUCGCCCGGUCUCUACGCCACUCCGGAUCAGGCUCCCAUACCCGAUCACCCGCCGUCCCCGUCUCCUUACGUGGUCAAUCUCAAGCGCCGCCGUGCAGGGAGCGCGGGAACGGGCGGAGCUCCGGAAUUUCCGUCGGGAGGCGAGGCCGAUGUGUUGAGCUUGAAGGGGGUGAAGGAGGACUUAGUGGAUGAGGUAGAUGUUGGAAAUGUUGAAGCUGGUGAAGAGGACGAGGGGUUUCUCGAUCGGUGGAGUGAAGCGGUGAGCGUGGGGAGUGAGAACGAGGCUAAUGAUUUCGACACCAGUCAAAUCGAAACCCGCAGCCUUGUUUCUGCUCAAGGGGAAUUUUUCGACGCCAUUGAAGAUUUCUCCACAGAUAGCUCUGUUUCAAAUGAACUGACAUGCGGUUCUAGAUUCGAAUCGGAAUUGCAUGCCACAAGGCUUAAUCUUCUUGAAGAAAUCGAGAAGAGAAAGACCGUAGAGGAGAAUCUUGCGUUGAUGCGCAGUCAGUGGGAGAGGAUCAGGGACCUUAUGUCUGAAGCUGGUCUAACAUUUCCUGCUCCUCCAGUUGCUAAUGAUAUCGUCCAGCUGGAUAACAAUUUAACAGACCAAAUUUCUCAGGAAGUUGUUGUAAGCAGAUUUGUUGCUGAAGCAAUUGGAAGGGGCGAAGCACAUGCUGAAGCUGAGGAGGCGGCUUUGGCGGUAAUUGAAAUGAAAGAUCAGGAGAUAUCACGGUUGCGUGACAGGCUUCAGUACUAUGAGACAGUUAACCAUGAAAUGUCCCAGAGGAAGCUUGUUGAGGUUGCACGUAGACAGCAAGAAAGGAAAAACAGACGGCGGAGGUGGCUAUGGAGCUUCAUGGGUCUGUCAAUCACGAUUGGUGCUUCAUUUGUUGCAUAUUCCUACUUUCCUCAGUCUGCAGAAAUCAUUUCGUUGCUAAAACGUGCCAACUCUACUGAUGCCUCACCUGCCAGUGCACCUGAGACCUCCCCACAAAAUUAA